AAGAGCUUGCUUGAUCAUCGUGGAGCUCCCACUGCCGAGUGGGAGGAGUUGAAUCUGAUGUUCAUGAAUUGAUACUCAAUCGAUGCUCAGUUGAUAUUUGAGAUCGACAGUUAUUGAGGGCCGGUGGAUUGCCUAGGUUCCUCUGAUCCAGACGAAUUCGUGGGAUAUGGAGGGUUGGCCAUCAUUACAACUUUCAUCAUCUUGUUCAAUCAGUUGAUCAAAGAUCAGUCGAUGUCGAACUGAUAGACAAGAAGUCUGAGGACGUGUGUCGGGUAUUUAAGGCCAAAAGAGCAAAUGGACAAUAAAUUGGACUUCUCACUAAUCAAUAAUCGUUGAUAUCACGCCAUCACUUGAAUACUAAUCACGACUGUUCGCCCAUUUGUCAUCACCCGCAACUCCUUAUAUAGACGACAACAUCAUCACAAUCCCUGUAAAUCAUAGUUCAAUACCUCAAUAUAUAGUAUCUAAAAAUGUCUCUCAACGGCCCAGUUUCAGUCACCUCAGACGGCUCAAUCCCGCACGCCGUGGUCCCUCCCACAGGAAGACCGCAAGAGAACUACAGCGCCAUUGAACACCAAGUCCAGCUCACAGACGUCCGCGGCCAUGAGAAAGAAUACAACCUCGACAAGGACGCCUUCCAGGUGAUCCAAAGCGUUCCGUCCGCCAUGACCUACGAGUCCUGGGACUCCGACUCAACCAUCAAAUCCACAUACUACCCCGAGGUCCAGGACCUACUAUUCAAGAACGUCCCAGGCGCACACAAGGUCCUCAUCUUCGACCAUACAAUCCGACGUUUCAACCCAGAGUCAAACCGGUUGCCUGCUGUAUUCGCGCACAUCGACCAGUCGCCGCAUGCCGCGGAACAGCGCGUCCGCGAGCACGUCAAGGAUCCCGAGGAGGCGGAGGAGUUGCUCCGCGGUAGACACAGAAUCAUUAAUGUCUGGCGUCCGUUAAACGGCAAAGUUGAGUCCAUGCCGCUGGCGCUGGCCAGUGCGACGUCUGUGUCUGUUAAUGACCUGAGUGUCAUUGAGCGGCGGUAUCCGCAUUACACGGGUGAGAUGAUGGGCGUCAAGUAUAACCCGAACCAGAAGUGGUCGUACUGGUCGGGUAUUGAUGAUGACGAGCGCAUCCUGAUCAAAUGUGCAGAUUCGCGUGAAGAUGUCGCGAGGAGAGUGCCUCAUUCCGCCUUUGUGGAUCCGAGGUCGACGGAGGAGUCGAAGCCAAGGGAGAGUAUUGAGGUUAGGGCGUUGGUGUUUGGGUAGUCUUUCUCCUUUUGUUAUGGUAUACCUGUUUUCUUCUGUUGGUAUCCGGGCUUCCUGUGAAGGAACGCGGUACAAAUGUAGUGAAUAAUGGAAUAUUC